GUGGCAGGAGCACUGAAAGCAGAUUGUAUGUGUUAAUGGGUCACAGAUAAGAGCCAGAUUGAUUUGCACAUUCUUUCUUGUAUGAAAACAUGAAAAAAUAUGGUCUAAUAGUUGUGCAACUAAAUGGAUUCGUUUGUUUGCGUAAGUGGGGGUUUUAAUUUGCCACAAUGAUGUGGAAGGCAUUGGUAGGCUUGUUGGCCUGUUUUUCAACCAGAGGAUGGAAAAAUCAAUGGGUGGUGUUUGAGAAAAGAACAGCAGAAAUCAUAUUAUUGAGCAAGUGUUUAACAUGGGGAGAUAUCCUAAGAACAGAAUAAACUCCACUUGUGGGGAGAGGGGCCUUGAUAAAACUGGUAAAUAGUACUAUGUCGUAUUCCAGAAUGGUUUUUAGCACCUUGGUAGAAGUAAAGCUUGUGGGGUCCUGUAGAACUUGAUUCGGUAUUGUUGCUUACAGCUUCCUGGUAGGAAUUCUUGUAGAUGUGGGCAUUGGCCUAUAUAUUUCUUUCCUGCUUACAAAUUUAGCAAAGCAAGGACCGAAAUCAGGUUUAGCAUUAUUCGUUUAGCCAAAUAUGGAGAAGCAAUUGCGCUUUGCUGUUGGAAUUAUGGGAAACUGUACUUCACUUCUUAUGUAUAUGGCACCUGUACUUACAUUUGUGAAGGUGAUAAAAGAGAAAUCAGUGGGGCAGUACUCUUGUACCCCAUAUGUGAUUGCUCUCUUCAACUGUUUUACUUACACAUGGUAUGGAAUGCCUGUGGUAAGUAAAGGGUUUGAAAACAUUCUGGUCUCCACUGUCAAUGGUGCUGGCAUUAUUCCAGAAUGCUUUGUCAUUUGUACAUACAUAGUCCUUGCACCUCCCAAGGCCAGGAUCAAAGUGGUGAGGAUGGUUGUAGCUGUGAUAGUGCUGUUCAUAAUAAUGGCAAUGGUUUCUACUUUUGCUCUUCAUGAACAUAAGACUCGCAAGUGCCUGGUGGGCAUUGUGGGAAUCAUAACAUCCAUUGCCAUGUACGGCUCUCCACUUCUCAUUAUGAAGCUGGUGAUUAGAACAAAAAGUGUGGAGUUCAUGCCAUUCUACUUGUCGUUGUUCAGCUUUGUCACCAGUACUUUGUGGAUGACAUAUGGUGUCUUAAGCAAAGACGCCCUCCUUGCUGCUCCUAAUGUGAUAGGCUCUCCGUUGGGGAUGGCUCAAUUGAUAUUGUAUUGCAUUUACAGGAAGAAUAAAAAGACGUGCAUAGCAGAGAACAACUUGAAUCCAGAGGACCCAGAGGCAGGAAUAGAAUCAAGAGGAUCCAUCCAGAAUGGACAGAAAACAAAGCCACCAAGGGAGAUGAAGGUGGAGUUGAAUAGGCCUACAUUAUCACGAAAGGACAACCAUGCCAACCAUCAAUCAAUCUGAAUAUUAGCUAAGAAUUAGGAAUACCCUUCUAUAAUGCACGUAUGGAUUAUGGCCAUUAAAUAUCAAUGCUAUGAAAAGUUGAAACCUCAUUUUUUACUGAGUUGGGCGCUCUUAAAGAAUCUAUGUAGUGGCCAGUUUCUGGAAAAGAUUAGUCUGGAGAUUAUAUCAACAUUAUGAGCUUUUAUAAUUUAUUCCCACUUUCUUGUU